AUGGCCGAGACAAAUCCAGAGUUGGAGCAAGCAGGACGGCAGCUUGAACGAUGGAUCGAAGAUGCCGAUGAGCCAGGAUGCCCAUAUCCCAAGUGUACAUUUCAGAUCCCGCCACAACCCUCGGAUUGGGUCCUCAGAAAGACGGCGGUAACAUUGGAGCCGACACACCAGACCUGGGCUGUUCCCCUAGGUCUACCGACCCGGGUUUAUCAUAUCGAGAUGUCAAACGAAGAACACGAGGCAAUGGAGUGGGAUGGGCACACCGGAGAAGGCCUGAUCAUGGUCGACUGGAUUUUCAGAUCAAACGACGGUAAUCCCCCCCAUGUUUCGGAAUGUACCCAGGCUGUGUAUCAGAUGGACUAUCCCAUCGAUAGUCUUCGAUAUAUAGUCUUUACUAAGAUUAUAGAAUCAUGCACUGUGCCAUGUGUUCGGCAGGUGUAUGCAUCCCGUGGAAUGAUGCAAUACCCACCCCCAUCCGCAGAGCCCCAGACCUGGACACCUCCGUCGCCAGAGUAUUAUGCACUUCUGGGCACUAAGAUAGGAAGUAUUGCCGCAGCCCUUGUUUUGGGUGCUUGGGGUCAAGGAAGAAGACGAAUUGCGAGGAUUGUGACUUUCCAGCCUGAAUUGACACACAACAUUGACAUGCGGUUUGAUAUUGAGGAAAUUUGA